AUGGAGAGUUACCCAAUACCUGUAACUAAUAGAUACGCAAGAAAGCGGCAACGAAACCCAGAGAAUUGGAAGAAGAAUGUAAUGAAAAAAUUAAGCCCAAAAACUGACGUGUGUUCAGUAUGCUUGCAAUUAACUGAAAAGAUUAAAGCUGAACAAGACAACGGUAAAAAGAAUGAACUUAUUACUGAAAAAAGAAUUCAUAGCUUAAGAGCAAAAGCAUUUUUUGAGAAACUUCGAGAACAAUGUGAGGGCCUCAUAACAAUCUCGUUCGACUUUCAAAAAAAUUUACCUCUUCCUAAACUACCUGACCAAAUCACCUACUACAGCCGUCAAUUAUACUUCUUUAACCUCACAAUGGUUGUGGGAUCGUCAAAUGAUUCACUGGGUAAAGAUCGUGUGUUUGCUUAUUGCUGCACCGAAAAUCAGUUUAAUAAAGACUCCAAUUUGGUCGCUUCUGCCGUAUAUCAUCGUUUGACACAUAUUGACAAAACAGGCAUAAGAAAUAUUCGUUUAGUCGCUGACGGAUGCGGGGGCCAAAAUAAAAAUUGUAUAGUACUAGGAGCUUGUAGUAAGUGGCUGUUAGAGAAUCAAAAUAUAUCAAGCAUUGAACUAGUGUUUCCAGUUACUGGGCAUUCCUAUAUGCCAGCAGAUCGGCAGUUCGGGAUAAUUGAAAAAAAAAUAAGAAAAAUGGACACCAUUGUGCAUCCUGAUGAAAUAACAGAUGUGAUCUCUGAAACUUCGACAAUAAUUAAACUAGGAAGUGACUGCCCAGUUAAAGACUGGAGAAGUUCUGUUAAAAGUGUGGUUAAAGACACGACCUCUUGGCCCAUGAAGUUCAAGGAAUGUAAAAGGUUUAUUUUGAAAAGGUCAAAAAAGGAGGGCAAUGUUCUUAUCAGAGGGGAAUUGUUUUAUAAAAGUGAUGUUGGAAAAGCCGUUAAUGUUUGUCAAAAGCACAAAAAUAUUGCUAUGAUUGUACCACAAACAAUGAGUGAUAUUAAGGCUUUGAAUAAAAACAAGUUACAAGAUGUUAAAAUGUUGUUAAAGAAACAUUUUGGCGACGACUGGGUAGAUAUCCCUACUCUAUCAUUUUACAAUGAUGUCCUCUCUUCACAGUCUGAAUUACCAGCUCCAUCUCAUGAAACUAACUACUGUGAUGAGGUAUUAGUUGAAACUAGUGAUCUACGUGUAUAA